AUGGAAGGUUCGCGUGGUGGUCUCAGCCUCCUCUUCAGCCUCAACAAGGCAGAGAUGGAGGAUGAUAAUUUUGAGCUUCAAGAAGAGGAUGUAUGGUCUAACUAUAAACCAAAAGAGGAACAAGAUUCAGGCUCAAACUCCAACCUAAAAAAGAAUCUGAACUUCUCUUUUGAUUUGGCCUUGGCAACGCCACUUGCAUGGAGCAUUCCUAUAGUCCCAAGAAUCAUCCUGAAGGCAAAUAACGGUGGUGGCGAUGGCCAUGACGGUGGCCGCCAUGAGACGACACGCACCAAGGUGGUUGCACCCCGCACUUUAGCCCCUAUUCCUAUUCCAGAUCUGUCUAAGGAUCAUCCGUUAAAUCCCAACAAGGAAUUGUUCGAAGCUAAAUGUGAUAUAGAAAGAGCUUUUAUUGCCAGCAAAAAACAAGUUGGAUAUUUUAAUGGUGAUGGUGGUGAACUUAUCCCACCCCAUAUAAUUUUGGCAAGGAGGGGAGCUCUGAAUCAGUGUAUUUCUCACUCCAUGUUGGAAGGAAUUGGAAGGACUCUCAAGGGAAGAGAUCUCACUGAUACGAGGAAUUCCAUUUUUAGAUUAACGGGCUUUAUCGAAAAUUAA